AUGCUUCAGCCGACCCUAAAGAUUGGACAAGGCAACGAUGCUUCAGCCGACCCUAAAGAUUGGGCAAGAGAGGGAAAGAAGCGAGAAGGGGAUAAACCCCACACUGACCUCGAGUACGAGUACUUCGAGGACGAGUACUUCGAGGACGAGUACUUCGAAGACGAGUACUUCGAGGACGAGCACUUCGAGGACGAGCACUUCGAGGACGAGUACUUCGAGGACGAGUACUUCGAGGACGAGCACUUCGAGGACGAGUACUUCGAGGACGAGUACUUCGAAGACGAGUACUUCGAGGACGAGCACUUCGAGGACGAGCACUUCGAGGACGAGUACUUCGAGGACGAGUACUUCGAGGACGAGCACUUCGAGGACGAGUACUUCGAGGACGAGUACUUCGAAGACGAGUACUUCGAGGACGAGCACUUCGAGGACGAGUACUUCGAGGACGAGUACUUCGAGGACGAGUACUUCGAGGACGAGCACUUCGAGGACGAGUACUUCGAGGACGAGUACUUCGAAGACGAGUACUUCGAGGACGAGCACUUCGAGGACGAGCACUUCGAGGACGAGUACUUCGAGGACGAGUACUUCGAGGACGAGCACUUCGAGGACGAGUACUUCGAGGGCAAGUACAUCAAGGAUGAAGUCUUCGAAUACUAA